GUUAACGGGAGUGGAGAGGUCGUGCAUGUUGCAGACUCCGGGCUCGAUGUCGAUCACUGCUUCUUCAGGGACUCAAAGCGGAGCCUCACGUACAACAAGGUCGAUCGCAAGCACAGGAAGCUUCUCGUCUACUGGAUCAGCCGGCAUGGCGAUGGCUUUGAUUCCAUCGGAGGGCAUGGGACACAUGUGGCUGGAAGCAUUGCAGGAUCUCUUGAGGAUGUGACGUGGCAUCCUCUUGCUAACUUCAGCGGAGUCGCGCCUGCCUGUAAGCUUGCUUUCACAGACGCAGAGAGGCAGACCAGCAGCGACGGGGAAGGUCCUUUCGUGCUGGAUGACAUCCCCAGCAGCAUCUACCUGAAACCCUACGAAGAGGUCGGAGCCCGCCUUCACUCGCACUCGUGGGGCACACAAGACUUCAGCUACACCAUCGACGCACAUGAGCUGGACGAUUUCAUCUAUCGGCAUCCGGACGCCUUUUUCUCCUGGGCUGCUGGCAACGAUGGAGAGCAGGAGCGUUUCGGGCUCAUUGCUAGCCCUGCGAGCGCUAAGAAUUGUCUGAGUGUUGGAGCCACAUUCGCACCCGUGGACAACGCACAUGUGCUCUCCUUCAGCGCUCGCGGUCCCUGCAAGGAUGGAAGACUCAAACCAGAUGUGGUUCUCCCGGGGCUUCUCCAUAGCGCUCAAGGUCAAGUGGGAAACGACUGCAGCCAGACGGUGCAGGAGAAGCUCGCGACGUUGACCAAGAUGGGAACUUCUAUGGCUGCGCCUGUGGCUGCAGGGCUCGCUGCCUUGGCUCGCAGCUACCUGGGUGAG